AAUUUAUAAAAUUUUUUAUUUUUAAAAUUAAAAUUUAUUUAUUCGACAACAGAUUAUGAGAUUGAUAUGGAAAAAGAACACAGUUCAAGUAAAGGAGAUUUCAAUUUAAAUAAUGUAUGCUCAAAAUGCUCAUUGCCUAUGAACGACAAGUUUGUAGCAAAAAUAUUGGACAUGAUAAUGCACGAAGAUUGUAUUAGAUGUUUCAGUUGCAACUGUAUGCUGAAGGACACUUGUUAUUUUCGUGAGUCAAAAUUCUUUUGCAAAGAUCAUUUUUUUAGGUUCUAUGGCGUUAAAUGUGUGGCUUGUAAAAAAAGAAUCGAUCCUUUAAAUAUGGUGCACAAGUAUAAAGAAAAUUUAAUCCACGUGGCAUGUCUUCGGUGUUGUUUUUGUAACAGAGAAGCGACAACCGGCGAAGAAAUACAUAUUACAGAAAAUUUUACUUUUGUGUGCAAAGAGGAUUUUGAAAAAUAUCAAAACUGUCAAGGUUCAGAAAUUAGAAAUUUCAUUUCUGACGAGUCUUUAGAAAAAUCUUCCAACGCUUCCGUCGAACCAAGUGAUAAUGAAGAUGAAAUAAAUAAAAGUCGAGGUCCACGUACAGUAAUUAAUUUAAAACAACUCGAAGUGUUAAAAGAAACAUUCAAAGUAAAUCAAAAGCCAUCUCGUCUUGAAAGAGAAAAAUUAGCAACUAAAACAGGUUUGACAACUCGAGUUAUACAAGUUUGGUUUCAAAACAAAAGAUCAAAAGAACGUCGAUUUAGACGUCAAUCAUUGUACGAAAAUCGUCUUAAAGUAGCCAUGUGCUAUGAAUUUUUUAAAGCUGAAAGUCGCAAUAAAGCUACUUCAACACAAGAAUUUAAUCAACCUACAUUGACUUGCAUCAACGACAACUCUGUAUUAAACACAGAAUUUUUAUUAUUUUAAAAUAGCAAAUGUCAAUAUCUAGUGACAAAGUUGCAAACAGAAUCAAAAAUAAACAUAUUACAACAAUAUUUGACGAUGAAUUUUAAGUUGCUCAGCAGUCAAUGUUUAAAUAGUUAUUUAGAAUAUUGUAACGACUUUAAUACAUUCUACUAUCUUUAUUUAUCGACCUUUCGGAUGCCAUAAGUAUGCUUUGUCAAACAUUUUUAAAUAUCAAAAAGAAACAAAACAUGUCUGAACUGUAUAAAAAAACCUUAAAAAGUAUUAUGUUGCACUUGUAGCACAAAAAUAAUAAAAUUUAUCAAUUCUGUAUUUAGUUUUUAUAUAU